AUGCCGUCCGUCAUCUCAACCCUUAUCGCCUCGGCUGCCUGCUGGUCGGUGGUCGCCGCACACACCGUAAUCACCUACCCCGGAUGGAGAGGAAACAAUCUGCACACAAAUGGUACAGAUGGUCAGGAUAGUCUCGGAAUAAACAACAUACCGACCGGAGCAUUGAGUGUCAAUCCUGGAACGAACGGCUCUGGCCCCACAUUUCCAUAUGGCAUGCAAUGGAUAUAUCCAUGCGGUGGCAUGCCGACAUCAACAAACCGAACGAAAUGGCCUAUUGGAGGAGGCGCAGUCGGCGUCCAGCCUGGAUGGUUCCAGGGUCACUCAAAGGCAUUCUUUUACAUCAACCUCGGGCUGGGCACAGAACCACAGAACAUGUCACAUCCCAUGGUGCCUGUGUUUGAGAUUCUCGGACCAGCAAACACCAUGUACAAGGGCGAGUUCUGUCUGCCACAAGUACCGCUGCCUGCAAACAUCACCGUGAGGGCCGGCGACAAUGCGACCAUUCAGAUCAUCGAGACUGCACAGCACGGCGCUGCGCUGUACAAUUGCGUAGACAUUACAUUUGACGAGCCCGAGAACGUACCAGAGGUCAACGAGACCAACUGCCGCAACUCAACGGAACCCGGCACGGAGAUCAAGUUCGACAUGGUCUUCACAACCACCAGCCUCGAUUCAUCAGCCUUUACGUUGCACAUACCGACCAUCGUCCCUACCGUCCUAACUAUUGCGCUAGCGGCCUUCUGGUUAUAA